AUGGGAAAAUAUACUUGUGAAGCAUGCAAAAAGAAAUGUAAAAAAGAAGCAAUACGACUUCAAGAGAAAUAUUUUCAUUUAGAAUGUUUCAACUGCUCAGAAUGUCACAAGCAGUUGAGCAUGAAUGGAUUCUACACCAGGAACAAUCUGCAUUACUGUCCUGAGGAUUACCAAAGAUUAUUUUCUGUGAAGUGUGAUGCAUGUGGAGAGCUGGCUGAAGGGGAAGUCAUGACCGUCCUUGGAAACAAGCUGUUUGAACCAGGAGAGAAAGUAACAUUUUCCAAGAACAUUUCACUAUGUUCGUCUUGUUGUAAGUUGGAGGAAAUGAACAGUGUGUCUGGAACGCCAUCUACAUUGGGACCAAUGAAACAGGAUAGCUCAUUGAAGCAGGACAGCUCGAUGGAGAGCAAGCAGUCGUCGCAUCCACUCUCUUCCAUGUCCAAGCCCACCUCUCCAAUCAUUCAAAAUGGAUCUAUACCCAACCAACAGCCUGCUGCUCUCUUGAAUGGAGGAUUGGUCAAUGGAGUGGAGAAAUCAAAAGCAUCAUCGCGCAGCCUGCCUCGCAUAUUUGGCAUGCCUGACAAUCGAUUCUACAAUAUUUCUUACCUGGAGAGGACCCAGUACAAUAAUUUUAGGAGGGGCCCUGUCCAGAGUGCCACUGAACAUUCAACUACCCAUUACCACAGGCCUGGUUAUAUGGAGAAGAUGACUUUUGCAAAGAGGUCAGAGACAUCUGAAGCCCUCAUGCCCAUUGAGAGAGAUGAUUGGCCUGGACCGCCUGAGCCAGCUGCUGCUUACCCGGAACUCUUAAGGGAGAAGUUUUUUCUCAAGCCAACAUCUGGAGCAGAGUUUGUGAAUGUGGAAGGUGAGGAGGCCAAGAGAAUUGGAGAACUUCAAAAGAUGUCAAGAGAAUCUGGAACUGCCGCCGUGUUUUUGAAGGAACUUCAGAACUUGAAGAAGGAGGGAUCUCCCAACUUGGACCCCCGCAAUGCAUCACGUACUCCUUCUGCUGCUGUUGAACCACUGCACAAACCAAGAUAUGAGACACCUUACUAUGCAUCUCCAUCUCGCUACUUGGACAUGUUGCCACACAGAUCCAAGUCUACUGAUAACAGCAUGAGAAACAAGCCAAAAGUUGAGGACGUUGUCAGACCAUAUACUUCAUUGGCCAUCAGAACGGGUAGCAGUCUGAAUACGAGUCUGCCCUAUCGAGUUGGAUCAUCAAUGGAAGCCAGGCGUCGUUACACUCCUCUUGAUUCAUCCAUCUAUGGAGAUGAUGACGACGACAGAUACAGUAGCAGGCCUCAGAGUGCAGUCGAUGGAUUGGAGCCUGGAAGAUUUUCGUCACUAAGAGUUGGAGAGAUAGAUCCAGACACUGGAUUGAGACAAAGCAAACACAUGAGGGCAGCCACCUUGCCUAUUGGAUUGACUGGAUUUUCAAACUUCACUAAGCUGACUGCCGUUGGACUGAAAUCUGCCGAACCUGUCAAGGUGUACCCGUAUGAGCAGUUGCUUCAGAUAAAUUCCAAGCCUCUUCCUGGAGUCAACAGAAACGCACUUGAGAACCACCUGUCGAAAGAAGAGUUCCACACAUUGUUUCAGAUGGAUGCCCAUGAAUUCUUCCAACUGCCUCCCUGGCAGAGGAAUGAGUUGAAGAUCAAAGUUGGCCUCAUGUAGUUAUCUGUAUUAGUUAAUUUAUUAAAGUAGUAGUAGUAAGUGGCAGUAAGCAGUAGUAAGUUAAUGGUAGUAAGCAGUAGUAAGUUGGUAAUAGCGUCAGUGGUUUGUAGGAUUUUGAAGGGAAGUUUCCCUCUCGGGCUUAACUUGCUGACUGGUUGAUUGUUUGGUUGAUAUGUUUGCUCGGUUGAUGGCUCGGUCAGGUGAUUGCUAAACUAACGAUUUAGUCAAAUUAAAAUAAUUUGUAAAUUUUGAAAUAGCUUGCAAUUAUAUAUAUUUUUUAAUGUAUUUCAAAUUUAACAAACAUUUCUUGAAACCAAUGUUUAACAUUUAUUUUAUUUCCCAAUUCGUUCACAUAAGUUUGAUAUUUGAAAAGUGUACUUUAAAUUCAAGAGUAUCACGCAACUUGUGAUGAAAUCGUUAAACCAGCCACACUAAAUUAAAAAUCAUUGAUGAAUAAUUAAAUUGUAAAGAAUUAAAAUUGUAGAACAGCAUUCUUGGGAUUUAGAAAUUAGAUAACUGUUUUGCAUUCAUCAUUCAUCUUAAAAUUGCUUUAACUAUGCUUCUUAUUUUUACAAUUGAUUUAUAUUGAACAUUUCAUACGAUUUUAUCACUUUCAAUUAAUAAUUUU